AUGUCCUCACGGUAUGAUACACGCACCACGACCUUCUCCCCGGAAGGCCGGCUUUAUCAGGUGGAGUACGCCUCCGAGGCAACUCGGCAGGCCGGUACGGUGAUCGGCGUGCGCACAGCGGAGGGCAUCGCCCUGGUCGCCGAGCGCAUGCUCCAGAACGAGCUCUUCGACGAUGAGAACCCGCAGAAUCGGGAUAUUAGCGGGGAAAAAGUUUUCCGCAUUGAUGACCACCUCGGCUGUAGUGUGGCCGGGGUCACCUCGGACGCGUACGCGCUGAUUAACCAAGCCCGACUUACUGCCCAGCGUCAUUUUUACACCUUUCACGAGCCCAUGGCGGCAGAGGACCUCUGCCGGGCGAUCUGCGAUGAAAAGCAGCUCUACACACAAUACGGCGGGGUUCGGCCCUUCGGCGUAUCUUUUUUAAUCGUGGGCUGGGAUCGCUAUCAUGGCUAUCAGCUCUACUCGACCGAACCGAGUGGGGAUUACGGCGCGUGGCUGGCCUGCGCAAUCGGGCAAAGUGAUAAAGUCGCCCAGGCGAUGUUAAAAAAAGACUGGAAGACGGGGAUGACCCUCACCGAGGGCAUCCUCCUCGGGCUGCGAGUGAUAAGCAAGAACAUGGACAACGUCAAGCUCAGUAUGGAGCGGGUGGAAGUGGCAGUCCUUCGCAAGGUCCCAGCCCCUACUGAACAGCGCCUGCUCAAUCCCUACAUCGAGCACGUGAGUAUGGUACCCAACUUUCACAUCAUGACUUCCGAUGAGCUCAAGCCUCUCUUGGCGGAAGCCGAACGGCAGCGCGCCGCCGAAGAGGCCGCAGAGGAUGAACGACAACGCCAGCAAGAGGCCGCCCUUGAAUCAGCGUAA